UCCAGUUGUUGUGUGUUGAUGCUGCGAGGCGGGUCUGGAAGGGAGGAGGCGCCCUGAAAAGGUGAUUGCGGACACAGCCGACUUCAUCCUUCUACAAUCCAGACGACCUUCAUAAAGGCUCGCGCUCCUUCUCCCGCUGCGCUUUCUGCUUUGCUGUCUUUUCUUAUUUAUAGGGGACGAGUUUUGUUUGUUUGUUUGUUUGUUUGUUUCCUCCGGAAUGGGAGCGAGCACAUCCGCGCAGCAGGACGUCAAGAGCGCUGAAGAUGAGGAGCGCGUCGCGGACCUGAGUGAGACCCGCGGUGACGACACCGAGGACGCGAAGCAGCUGCAGAAGAAUGGGCAGAUCUCAAUCUCCAGCCUGAACGGAAAGACAGACGAGCAGACAGACUUGACCGGACAAGAUGAGGAUGAUACUCUGGCCGAGGUUGGUCAGACAGAUGCCAUGCCCCAGAAAGAGGAUAGUCCUGAAUCAGUUGAGGUCCUCCAAGAUGAGGUCGCACCUCAAGUUAAUGGCGAGAAGGAGGAAAACGAGUGUAUCAGUGCUGAUGAAACUACACCCACAGAAGAGAAAGUAGCUGAGGAGAAACCAACUGAGUCCAACGAAGUGGGUUUCAAGAAGAUCUUCCGCUUUGUUGGCUUUAAGUUUACGCUGAAGAAGGACAAGAAUGAGAAGACAGAACCUGUCCAGCUCCUGACGGUGAAGGAAACUGAGGAUGGUGCUUCAGAAGCUGCUGCCGAGGAAACCAAACAGGAACCUGUAACAGCAGAAAUUCAGUCUGAGGAUGAAAAGGAAAAAGAGAGUCCAGAAAUGGAAAAAGAGGCCAGUGCUGAAGAUGCUGCAAAGACUGAAGCAGAAUCAGAUCUCCCUGCAACUGAUGCUCCAGCAGAAACCAAAUUAGAUGGUGCUGAAGAAAAUGAAAAGACUCCAGCUGAUGAGCCAGCUGAAGAAGUGGAAACCUCGACUGAGAAAGAGAAAGAACUAGAACCACAAGCUGAAUCUCCUACAUCUCCCCCAUCUCAAGAGACACAGUCCCCUUUAAGAAGAUUCUUCACUCAGGGAAUCUUCUCUAACCUGCGGAAAAAGACAAGCUUCAAGAAGUCUAAAGAGGAGGAACCAGUAAAGGAGAAAUCUGUUGAGGAGGAUAUAAAGGAGGCUGAGGAGAAAGAGGAAGAAGCAGCAGGGGCGGAAGGACAAGUCAAGGAGGAUGCAGAGGAAGUGGAAGCUGGUGAAAAGGUAGAUAAAUCAGAAGCACCAGAAAAAUCUGAAGCAACCCCAGAGGAAGCUCCAUCUGCCCCCGAGGAGCAAAAGGAGGAGGAGGAGUUGAAAGUGGAGGUUGAGACGACAAGUGAAACUGCACCAGUACAAGAGCUUGCACCUGUUGAACAAAUUACAACUUGUGAGGAUUCAGAGGCCUCUGCUGCUGAAGAAAAAGAUGAGACCAAACCUACUGAUGAUACCAAACUUACCGAUGACAAGGCAACUGACUCUUCUGAGGAACAACAGACUCCUGAGAAAUCCCCUGCAGAAACAUCCACUGAGGCUGAAAUUCAGUCAUCCCAAGACAAAACCAAGGCUCAAGGAAGUCCACUGAAAAAAUUGUUCACUGGGGCAGGGUUGAAGAAAUUGUCCUCCAAAAAGCAGAAGGCCAAAAAAGAAACAGAGUCAAAGCCAACAGAAUCCACUGAGCAGGCAGCUGAGCAGAUUCAGUCAUCCACCGAGUCAGGCGAGGCUCAAAAACCUGACAGCGGUGCUUCAUCUCCAGAAGAGUCUGGUGAGCAUGUUGUAGGUGAGGCAAGUCAGGCUGACCCCAGUGUGGAAGCUGAAGGCGAGGCAGCAACCUCUGACAGUGAAAAGAAGAAAGAUGGCAUCCUUCAUUGGGCCUCUUUCAAAAAAUUAGUCACUCCAAAGAAGCGUGUCAAGAAGUCAUCUGAGAGUGAAGAUGAGGCCCCUGGGGACAAGCCAAAAUCAGCCACCCUGUCCUCAACAGAGAGUGCGGUCUUUGAAGAGAAAACUGAGGAAAUUAAAUCAAGUGAUGAAGUGAAGGAAGAAGCAAAGGAGGAAACACAGGUUGAGUGCAAGACUGAGACAAAAGCUGAAAAAUUUGAACAAAGCACAGAGGAGCCAAAGAAGAAGAUUGACACGUCAGUAUCCUGGGAAGCCCUUAUUUGUGUGGGAUCGGCUAAAAAGAGGGCCAGGAAGACUUCUGACUCUGAUGAUGAAGAAACUAAAAUUGAGGAAGAGGUUCAGCAGUCUGGAGAAGAACAGGCCAAGACUGCAGAGUCACCUCUUGAAAGCUCACAGGACGUUGAGCGUGAAAAUUUGGCCUCUUCUCCAGAACCAGAAGGGGAGCUUGUCUCUACAUGGGAGUCUUUCAAAAGGCUGGUAACACAUCGUAAGAAACCCAAGGCAGAAGACAAGUCUGAUGAAGCACAGAGUCCAGAGCAGGCAGCAUCUGACAGUGAACUACCCAAAGAGGAAUCAUCCUUCUCCCUUAGAAAACUAAUUCCCCGAAGAAAGAAGAAAUCUGACGCAAAACAAGGGCAGGUGUCUUCUGACAUUGGAUCUGCAGAAGAAGACUCUGACACACCUGCUGUGGUACCUCUGUCAGAGUAUGAUAACGAACAAACCGAGAAGGCUACUGAUGAACAAGACACAGAAACAAAGACAGAGGAUGCAAAGCCAGAGGUCACUCCUGUCACUCCUGGAAAAGCCUCAGCUGAGGACAGGUCUCCUUCUUGGAUCUCAGCUACUGUGGAGAAUGUUGAAGAUGAGGCAGAGGGAAAGCCACUAAGUGAUAUACCUGAAGAAGGAGAUACAGCUGCUACACCUAAAUCAACUGAUAACACCAUUGUGGAGGAUAUCAUAGAGUUUACUUCAGAAGCCAUCACUGCCGUUGAGCCAGCAGAGGAAACCGAAAUGGUUUCUGCUCUAUCACGCAUCACAGAGUCACCUGUUACAUCUGGUGAGACUUCACCUGUUCCAGAUGAUGGUGUGGUGAAGAAGGCUGAAUCCAUCUUACAAGAAGCUGUGGAAACUACCAGUAUUACAUCAAGUGCAGUGGCUGUCACAGUAACAGAGGAGCAGACAAAAAGUAUAGCUGUCAUGUCAAGUCCAUUCCAGGUUGAGUCAGCCAUUAAGGAGGAGAAAGUGGUCUUGGCUGUGCAUGAGAAAACUGAAGCAGUAACCAUCUGUACUGGCCUUGAUGCCAGUGAAAUAAAAGCUAUAGAAGAAGAGAGUCCUUUGAAGGCUACGGUGGAAGCUGUCACCACGGUCAGCGAGGCACUGUCUGUAGAGGUGGCCGCUGAGGACCAAACGUUAAAGCCUGAAGAAGCUCAAGAGGCAGGAGAAAAAGUUUUUGCGGCACAGAUUAACGAAGUUCAAACUGAGUGCAAAGAACAGCCCGAAGCCUCUGUAGAAACUACCGUGGAGGAGACUUUGGAGGUUCCAACUACAAAUGAGAUCCAGGAAGUAACAGCAGUCAAAGUGGAGGUGGUCACGAUUGUUCAACAGGAGAUGGAGAUUCUUGAGGAACCAGUAGUGGCAGAAAACACUCCAAAGGUGGUGGCAGAGAGCCCUGUUGAAUCAACCAUAGAACAGCCAGUCUGUGCUCAGACAGGGGAGAUCACUGAAGUUUCUGUUGCUAAAGGGGAGGUGCAGGAGCUGAAAGAUGUUGAAGAAUCGGUUGCCAGUGCUGAGGCAGAGUCUGUAGAAGUAGCAGUGGCUGUGUCAGAAAAAGUUACAACACUUGCAGAUACCAUUGUAGUUGAGACAACAACCAUGUCUGAGGAAGAUUUGAUCCCUGUCCUGGCUGCAACAGAGGAGCAUGCAGUGACCAGGGAGAUCGUCUGUGUUUGCUCACCCUCAGAAUCUAAAACAGAAGCAGAGGUUAUGGAGACUGUUUUACCCACUGAAGUCCACGUUGCCACAAAUGUUGAGGUUGUCUCAGUGAGCGUUCCUGUUGAGGAAAACAGUGAAGUUGCAUCAUCAAAUGUCAGUACUGCGAUUGAAGAAGCAUGUAAAAAAGAUGAGGAAGGAGUGGAAGCAAUGCAUCUGAAGGAAGCAGAAGCUAUUCAAGAACAGAGCACAGUCAUUGUCCAGGAAGUCCUUCAGAAUGUUGUUGAGAACAUGGGACAAGACUUAAAAGAGAAGGCUGUGGAGGAGAUUGACACAGCAACACCAGAAGACGUCCCAUCUGCAGCUGAGGAGGAAAAAUCGUCACAGGAUGCACCAGUCACGGAAGAAAAAUCUACAGUAGAUACACAAAUUCAAGAAGAAACAAAGCCCGAGAUUGAGGACAAAGCUGAAGAACAACUGGCCCAGAUCAGUACUGUGAGAUCACCAGUCAUUGAAGCCAUUCAGAUUUCUGAAACGGUUCUGGUUGCUAUGACAGAAGAAAUUAAAGCUCAGGAGGAAGAUGUGUCCUUAGUCUCUGUGGAAGCAACACAACUGUGUACAGAUGUAAAAAAGCAGGAAGUGGAAUUGAAGGAAGAUGAAAAGAAGCUAGAGGAAGACAAAACAGUCACCACAGAAGGCGAAGACAGGAAAUGUCAAGUUGAGAAAAAUCAAAAUGAAGAACCAAGUGGAACCACAGAGACACCAACUUCGGAGGAGAGCAGUCAAAUGCAAACUGUCACUCUUGUAAGCACAAAGUAUGCUCAGAUUGUUGAGGAGGUCCAAGACACGAAGAUCGAGACAACGACGGAGAUCGAUGUUGGCAUCAUACAUGUGGUGGAUGCGGCUGAAAGAGCAACACAAGACACUGAAAUUGCCGUGAAAGAAGACAGCACCAAGAGUCAGGAGCCAUCAAAAGAUGUGCCUCAAACAGACUUGGAAGAGGCACAAAAGGAUAUUUCAACACCAGACAUGAAAGGCGAGGAGAGCUCCGGAGAUCCUGACUGUCAAAAGACAGAUGCUGAAGCCAGUGAGGUGAAAACCGCUGCUGAGGAGACACCAAAAGCAACUAAAGAAGAGGACACGGAGAAGAAGAUUGACACCAUCACCACAGAGACUGCUACAGAGUCAUGAGCCAGCUGUACGUAUCAGGUGGUUGUACGGGAAGCCCCUGUAGAAGAUACAGGAGCAGAAGAAAAAGCCAGAGACCCAUCCAUCCAUCCAUCUAUCUGUGCUCCAGCCCACUUUGAGAAAUUUCUAUCCACAGCAUCACACCAUCACACCAUGACUCAGAUGGGUUCAUCUGUUACUCAUCUCACACUGAACGUAUUUUUUUCCCCUGACAUUUUAUUCUCACCGAGGUGUUGCUGUGUCAUCCCAGGCUGCUGUUGGAUGGACAGAAACGUUUGUCCAUGUGCUUUAUUUUAUGUGUGUGUCUGCAUGUGUGUGGUGUGUGGGAUCUUAUCUUGUAUAUUGUAUUUAUAUCUAAACUAUUCCGUCAUCCAAACGGCUCAAAUGGAUGAUGUCACCCAGAUUUUUUUUUUUUAAAUGAAACAUGGUACACGUGUGCAGUUAAGCAUCAGAGAGCAUUCAUGAGAGCCAACAUAAUCAUUUCCAUUUCAUAUAUAUAUAAAAAAAAGCUUUAUUUCCUAACUGUGAAACUGGUGAAUUUUUUUUUAAAAGUUCUCCCGCUUUUGAGAAGCACAUGCUAUCAGAAAAAAAAACCCAAAACAAAACACUGCUUUCACCUUUAAUAUGUGAACGAAUGAUUUAGAUUUUGAUAAGUGAGAUUUGACAGCACUGUUCAAUGGCACGUGAAGUACAGUAUGUAGUAUUUAUCCUUUUUUAAGUUGCUUAUUAGCUAUAGGUAUCGCCAAGUGCACUGGCGCCAUCUACUGGCAGCCACUUUUUAUAAAAUUACAGUAAUUUGCAUUCACGGUUCAUUUGUUUUUUGUUUUUCAAACAAAUAUUGUUCAUAUUGUGCUAAAAGCAUUUGUAAUUUUCAUCUCUGACUAUCAGACUAACAAUAUGACUCAUUCCAUUCAUCGAUCACCUUUAAUAACAAUUUAUUCACAAUAAAUAUUUUUUAAAACCACGUUCUUUUAGUGCUCAGAUGCAUGAGAUCUGAACAAAGAAGAACUGAGACUUGCAGCAUCUUUACAUGUUUAUGCAAAGCAUCGCAUCAUCCUUUCAUUAAAUUCCUGUAAUUAACGUCACCUUUGUGAUCCUGCUGAUUAUAAAAUGCAAUAGAAAAUUAGUCUCAGUGGCACAGCAGUGAUGAUCAGUGUGUUAUUUCAUACUGGAGGCAAAUUCGACGAUGUGAGAAUCUCUGCAAAAGAUGCUUUAUUUUGUUUAAAUAGAUAAAGAAAAAAAACUAAUAAUAAAAGAAUGUUUGUUUAUCGUCAAGGCUUGUAUGAAACCCCCAGGUGGCGUCCUGUUCUCUGCUUUUUAUAAUUAAAAAAUAUUACUGUGAAGCUCCUUAACAUUUGUACAAAUUGUAUACCGGUGUAUCUUAAAUCAUACUGUAAUAUUAAAUAACCAGUGAGAGCAUUAGAUGAUGUCAUGUAGCAUGAUCUCCGUUUUGUUUUUUUAUUCAAGCUGUUAAUAGUAUGGAUACAGAACCAUGUCUGUAUUUCAUUUAAAUAAAAGUUAGCAUUGUAAAACCA